AUGGGCUGCACUGCUGGUAAACCUAACUCUGAAAAACCUGAAAAGAAGAGAACUUUUUGCUCUCAAAAUACCCAACCUUCCCACUAUCAGAAGUCAGGAACUGUUGAUAUGAACCAUUAAAUCCCUGAGAAUCACCGUGUCUCUGAAUACUUUGAAUCGGCUGACUUGUGCUUGGAAGUAGUGAGGGCUAUUAAACAAAGAAAGAGAGAACAGUUUUAAGACUGCAAACUAAACAGUAGACUCUCUAUUAUGUGA